AUGUACAACUCGUCAUCAACCAUGAAGUCGCGUCUCCGGCCACCGCGUCCGAUACCUAAAUCUCCAACUCGUGUUGCAACUCGAACCAUCCCAGACUCUGUCUCUCUUCAAACUCCACCAGGUUCUUUGAUGAAAUCUCAGAAAGCAGUUCGAUCUCCCGAACAACUACGACCUGAAUACCGCACAAUUGCUUGUGAAUUUAGGGCUUUAGCAAAGAUGGUUAAUAACCAAUUCGGAAAACCAGAUCCGGAAGAAACUGCUUUCACCAAUUCUUGUAACGCUAAAUCAGGUGUUUUAUUUCAGAGAGGAAGAUUGUAUGAUGAAUAUUCUGCAAGAAGGAACGAAAGGCUUAAGAGAAAACAAGAAAUCGCGGUGAAUGAAGUUAAUAUUACUAGUAUUAAGCCGCCUAGGGUGCCGCCUUCUCAUCGUGCUCUCGGUGUUAACGUUGAAUCUGGAAAAAAGACUAAUACUGCGAGAAAACUUGGAAGUCUUAGAAAAUCGGUUUCUGCUGCUUAUUCUGCUGAGGUUAGUGAAACUCCAAGGUACAUGCUUAGGAGCAGGAGUAAGGAGACUAGUAAGAAGCCUCCUCUAGCUUCAAGAAUGGAUAAAUCUGUUGGUGUUGGUGGUGAGAAGAAGAUUGGAGCUACACCAAGAAGAACAGGAAGAAUUUCAUACCACUAG